GAGCGAGAGUAGGAGAAACGUACGCCGCCAGGCCCGGCUUCCGCUUCCGCUCGCCGACGACCUCCCUGCACCGUCAAGGGAGGGGAAGAAGCGAGGAAGGCGCCUCUCUCUGUUGCUGCCGGGCCGGGGACGGGCGUUUGGUGAAUAGGAAAAUACGGAAUGAGACUUUAACAGCUUGAAUAAUUAAAAACAAUUUGGCCCUGCAACACCCUCCUCCUCACAAUGGCGCUCUCUAAAAGGGAGCUGGACGAGCUGAAGCCAUGGGUGGAGAAGACAGUGAAGCGGGUCCUGGGCUUCUCAGAGCCCACCGUUGUCACAGCUGCCUUGAAUUGCGUGGGGAAGGGGAUGGAUAAGAAGAAAGCCGCCGAUCACCUCAAACCUUUCCUGGAUGACUCUACUUUGCGGUUCGUGGACAAACUCUUUGAAGCGGUGGAGGAAGGUCGAAGCUCCCGACACUCCAAAUCCAACAGUGACCGGAACCGGAAGAGAGAGUUGAAAGAUGUGUUUGGCGAGGACCCCGACAUUUCGAAGGAGUCCUCGGGCGUCAAGAAGCGCCGCAUCCCUCGCUUUGAGGAAGUGGAGGAAGAGCCGGAAGUGAUUCCUGGACCACCGACGGAAAGCCCAGGGAUGCUGACCAAGCUGCAGAUCAAGCAAAUGAUGGAAGCUGCAACACGACAGAUUGAGGAGAGGAAAAAACAGCUGAGUUUCAUCAGUCCGCCUCCACCACAGCCCAAAACCCCAACCACGACCACACAGCCCGAGCGCCUCCCCAUCGGCAACACCAUCCAGCCCUCGCAGGCGGCCACGUUCAUGAACGACGCCAUCGAAAAGGCCCGGAAGGCGGCCGAGCUCCAGGCCCGGAUCCAGGCCCAGCUGGCCUUGAAACCGGGGCUCAUUGGCAACACCAACAUGGUCGGCUUGGCCAACCUGCACGCCAUGGGGAUUGCACCGCCGCCCAGGAAAGUGGAGCUGAAGGACCAGACCAAGCCGACGCCGCUCAUCUUGGAUGAGCAAGGGCGCACCGUCGACGCCAGCGGCAAGGAGAUCGAGCUGACGCACCGCAUGCCUACUCUCAAGGCCAACAUCCGGGCCGUCAAGCGGGAGCAGUUCAAGCAGCAGCUCAAGGAGAAGCCCUCCGAGGACAUGGAGUCCAACACCUACUUCGACUCCCGCGUCUCCAUCACCCCGGCUCAGCGGCCAAAGCGGACCUUCAAGUUCCACGACAAAGGCAAAUUUGAAAAAAUUGCACAGAGGUUGCGAACCAAGGCCCAGCUGGAGAAACUCCAGGCUGAGAUUUCCCAAGCCGCCAAGAAGACUGGGAUCCACACCUCGACCAAACUGGCCCUGAUCACGCCCAAAAAGGAGCUGAAGGAAGGAGACACUCCUGAGGUGGAAUGGUGGGAUUCCUACAUCAUCCCCAACGGCAUCGAUGUAAAAAUGGCUGAUGUCCUUCAAAGAGAGGACUACCAUGGCAUCACGAACCUGGUGGAGCAUCCGGCUCAGUUAAAUCCGCCAGUGGACAGCGACACACCGGUGACCCUGGGGGUCUAUCUCACCAAAAAGGAGCAGAAGAAGCUGCGGCGCCAGACCCGCCGGGAAGCCCAGAAGGAGUUGCAGGAGAAAGUGAGGCUGGGCCUCAUGCCGCCUCCAGAACCAAAAGUACGAAUCUCAAACCUGAUGCGAGUUCUGGGGACGGAGGCUGUUCAGGACCCAACCAAAGUCGAGGCCCACGUUCGAGCGCAGAUGGCAAAGAGGCAAAAAGCUCACGAAGAAGCAAAUGCCGCCCGGAAGCUCACGGUGGAACAGAGGAAAGCGAAAAAGGUGAAAAAGCUUAAAGAAGAUAUUUCCCAGGGGGUUCAUAUAGCAGUGUAUAGAGUUCGAAACCUCAGCAACCCAGCCAAGAAGUUCAAAAUCGAAGCCAACGCUAACCAGCUGUACUUCACCGGGGUGGUGGUUUUGCACAAAGACGUCAAUGUGGUGGUGGUGGAAGGAGGCCCUAAGGCACAGAAGAAGUUCAAACGGCUCAUGCUGCAUCGAAUCAAGUGGGACGAACAGACGUCAGCUUCAAAAGGAGAUGAUGACGAGGAGUCUGAUGAGGAGGCAGUAAAGAAGACAAAUAAAUGUUCCCUGGUUUGGGAGGGCACAGCCAAGGAGCGCAGCUUUGGCGAGAUGAAGUUCAAGCAGUGCCCCACCGAAAACAUGGCACGGGAGCACUUUAAGAAACACGGGGCGGAGCACUACUGGGACCUGGCGCUCAGCGAGUCGGUGUUGGAAUCCACGGACUAAAAAGGGGGCCCUUGACACCGACAUCUCCCCUUUCAGCUCCUUUGCUUUUGAGCCUCGAGAACUCGGCCAAAACUUGGGACAUAGAGUUCUUCCCACCGCGUUCUUCCUCUUUCCCCCCCUUCCUUCUUGAGUUCCUCAUUAAAAAAGAAAUAUUUUUUAAAAAGAAAAACGCAUCGGAAGUAGGGCUUUGUUUUUGGAGUCUUCGACUGAGAGGGGGGUAGGAUUGUGCAUCUUGCCCUUUGAGCUUCCCUCUGAAAAGGAUUCGACUUGGAGGGGAAACAGCCAACCAGGAUUGAUUUGCCAUCUCUUUCCAAACCCAUUUGCCUCUGAAGAUAUGCAGAUCCUAUAUUUGCUUUCUCCCUCUUUUUUUUUUUCUUUUCCAGUAUCUUUGUUGGACAAUAAAUGCUCUGGGGUAGGAGAGAAGGAGACUUAUUUGGAAUAUCAUCUUUUAAUGCAAAGAGUAGGAACUGGGGAUUUAGCCCAUAUCCUAUCAUUACAUAAUAAACUUUGGGGUUGCUUUCAAGACUUGAAAAAGCAAAA